AUGCCAUUGGAUGCUUCUCAUCCUUAUUUGACCGAUUUAGACAUCGCCCCCCAGAUCCAGCGUGCGAGCGACAAUCGACCGGCGAAGUCGCCGAUUCACAACCUUCUAGACCCAUGUCUGUUGGAGCUACCAAACACUGCUCUCCAGGAACCACAAGAGUUCCCGUUUGAUAACUCGAUAUCCCCCCUUCCAGGCAGAGCAUCAGAAGGGAAUUCGAUCUGGCUGGACCAGUCUCCGAGUGCCAUGCCAGAAAGUCAUGGUUGUCUUCCGAGUCCUUCGAACGGUUCUCCGAUUGAAGAACAGCCCGUCCGCGUUUUCUAUGACAGAUUCUAUCCUGCUCAUCCAUUCCUGGUUCCGAUGAGAGCGUACGAGGACCGCCAAUAUCCGGAAUUCCUGCAACGCAUUGUGCGAUUCAUCGGCUGUCAUUAUCACUCCUCACCAGCCCCGGACGGGUGCACCUGUGAAUCCAUAACUGCUGAAUUGGACCUGAUCAACGAAAGACCCUCCCCCUGCCUGGUCCAGGCUCGAUUACUAUGGUCGCUCUUUUCGUACUUCCAGGCCCGCCAGGCAGAAGCUCGCUCUUGUCUCUCCCGAGCCAUUGAUACCGCGAUACAUCUAGGAAUGCACCAAAGAGAGUUUGCUGCGUUAUUUUCCCAGUCCCAUAGCAUCGAAGCAGAGAGUCUAAGACGAACGUGGUGGGAACUUUUCAUCGCAGAAGCCCUGAUGCAGAUUCCACGUGGGGAAGAGGCUCUCUUUCGGUGUGGAGAUGCUCCCUACGACGUCGACCUCCCCUGCGAAGAAUCAGUAUAUGUGGUCUGCGACCCGAUUCCACAGCCUCUGACAAUCUCGUCGUUCGAUAAGAGGAUUUUCCUCGACGCAGAAUCGCGUUUCUCCUCAUUUACCUACCGUAUCGAGGCCGUGCGGAUCCUUAUGCGGAUUGUAUCGUUGAAUAAUUCGUCAGAACAACACCCGGAUAACCUGCAGGCUGUUCAGAAUGCGCUCGUCGGCUGGAAAAGCCAUCUACCGUCGAACAAGGUGGACAUUGUGGACAUGUAUGGCGAGGAAGACGAGAUGCUAUUUCAGGCCCAUAGUAUAAUCCACUUCGCAGAAAUGCUCCUACACCUACCUCGAAGCACACUCAAACCUGCAUUCCCGGGGACAAACGCGGUCAGCUGUCCUGCGGUUCCUCCUCGACUUCCUGCUACCUUCACCAGCCGCGUUCAUGAUGUCAAGGCUAUCGAAGCCUCGAAACAGCUCUCGAACCUUCUUUCCAUUGCCCCAAGAACUCGUCAACACACCCCCUUCUCCAUUUGCUGGUCAUUGAUGUGUGGUGUUGUACAACUAGCCACCUGUAAGUGCCACUCCCAGAACUGUCUGGACCACCACCUCAACCGCGUCGUUCUAGUCCUGGGAUGCCUGAAAGACCUAGGGAACACGUGGACUCUCGCAAGGAACGCCCAGAGCCAUCUGAAACGCAUCUCAGCCGAGACAUUCUGUCCCUGGAUGGACACAUAUUCUUCUCGGCGACGUAACACAUAUUCUGCCGGAAGUGAAACGUCUAGACAUGCGUCUGACAACCCUGCAGGGAUUAGUGCUACCAUCGACGAAGAUGUGCAAGGGUCUGACUCGUCAAUACCGGAGAUUAUAUCGACGUAUUUUGAACCGGUCUGCAGCGACUCAUUUUUACCUAGCCGAAUCGCCGGGAUUGAUUAG